UUUCAUUGUUAUCCUACUCCCAUCUAUAAAAGGAUGAACGUAUCUGAUCUGCUGCACAUGUUUGAUCAUUGUCUGCGUGCUCUGAUAGGUCUGUCAAACAUCUCACCCCCCAUGUCACCGGGACGUCUCCAUGGCGACGUUUAGCAGCGGCGGCGAGCGGGCCUGGAACGAGUCGGAUCGCCUCGGGUGGGACUGGGAGAGGAACGGCAGCUCGGAGGCGUCGGAGCCGGACGAGCGCAACUACUACGCCAUGCUGUACUCGCUGCUCAUCGUGGCCAUCGUGUUUGGAAACGUGCUGGUGUGCCUGGCCGUGAUGAGGGAGCGUUCCCUCCAGACGACCACCAACUACCUGGUGGUCAGCCUGGCCGUGGCCGACCUGCUGGUGGCCUCGCUGGUCAUGCCCUGGGCCGUGUACCUGGAGGUGGUCGGCGGUGCCUGGCUUUUCAGUCGGCUCUACUGUAACGUCUUUGUCACGCUAGACGUGAUGAUGUGCACCGCCAGUAUCCUCAACCUGUGUGCUAUCAGCAUUGACAGGUACACUGCAGUGGUGAUGCCCCUCUUUUACAGCACCACCCAUCGCUCCAAGAAGAGAGUCUUUAUGAUGAUUGCCACCGUGUGGGUCCUGGCCUUCACCGUCUCCUGCCCGCUGCUGUUCGGUUUCAACACCACAGAUGACCCCAUGGUGUGCUCCAUCUCCAACCCCAACUUUGUGAUCUACUCCUCUGUGGUGUCCUUCUACCUGCCGUUUAUUGUCACUCUGCUGGUCUACAUCCGCAUCUACGUCUUCCUCAGGAUGAGGCGAAAGAGGAUCGUCUUCGGCCAGGCCAGCAGGAAGGUGCAGCCGGACUCAACUCCUCCGUCUGCGGAGACCUGUCUGCAAGAAGCGGCUCCCAAGGAAAAGCAAGACUUGUCACCUAUAAGGAUCGAAGUGAGUGUGGAGCCCACAGGUCACUGCAAGCCGAAGCUCCUGUCCGGGUGCCUGUGGCGCAAAAGGCCAAAGACGGGGCCGGCGGAGAACUCCAUGCGGCUCCAGGUGGACACGCUGGACUGCUGCAGCAUCACCCACGCCUCCUGCGGUCGCACCGAGCUGGAUCAAGAGGAGCAGCGAGGAGCUGAGGGGGAGGCGGAGGAGGGCAACCAGAACGAGCGGCCUUCGGCCCGGAUGAACUGCGAGGUGAAGGAUCUGUCGAACGGACGGACGCACACGUCGCUGCAGUCGAUGGCUCAUUCCAUCAAUAAUCAACGGUUCAGGAGCAUGCACGCCAGGGAGAAGAAGGCCACCCAGAUGCUCGCCAUUGUGCUUGGGGUGUUUCUCAUCUGCUGGCUGCCUUUCUUUGUGACUCACGUUCUGAACACCCACUGCGGGACAUGCUACGUGCCGCCGGGGCUUUACAGUGCUUUCACCUGGCUGGGUUAUGUCAACAGCGCCCUCAACCCCGUAAUCUACACCACCUUCAACAUUGAGUUCAGACGGGCCUUCAUCAAGAUCCUCAGCUGCUGAGGGAGACAGCACAUCAGGACAAUUAGAAAUGGAUUUAAAGGCGUCUACAACUCCAGCACGGUGCAUUCAGUAAAACAUGGCCAUAGAUUUACGCUGGUUAUUCUCCAGAUAAAUCUUUCACAGGAGUUACACACGAGCAGCAAGAUGAAGCAUGAAAAAACAACACGUCGUGGUUUGCAAUAACUUCAAAGAGAAGAUAUUACUUUAAAACAGACUUUUCUUCUGAACAGGGCUUGGACUCCUGUAGAACAGUAUUGCUCCUAAAAUAAACCCUCAUUGUUACAUGCAUUCAGUCUUGUUAAUAUCACAAGUUGUUGAACUUUAUUGUGACAUAUCUUGUACAGUAUGUGUGCUGCUUUUUUGGCACAGGACUUCAAUCGAUGAACGCUUGGAAACUCUUCGGACCCGAGAUGAAGCUUUGAGGCUUAUUAAUUGAUCACACAGCUGUGGGAUAUUUCGCCCGUUGCGUUUUGUGGAUUGACUGAUGAUUCGCACCUCCCUUUUCCCCCUUUAUUCAUAAAUAUCACCUUCGGAUACCCUCGCGUGCACGAACACAUGAAUUGUCAAAGACGUCCACUUGGAUUUCGCUGGAAGGAUCGUUUUGGUUCCUACCAAGACUUCAUUCAUCAUCAUUCUGAAGAUUGUAAUACAUGUGGAUGUGGAGGCAUUGUGUUCAAUGUGGAUAAAAAUGUGAGAUUUUGAUGUAUUGCACAGUGUUUUUUUCUUAAAGAGACAGUUUGUCCAUUGGAGAAGCGGUUGCGUUGUGUGUUGAUGAAAGCAGCAGCUUUGUGAUCUUAACAAAUCAAGCCGGAUUGUAAAUCGUGACGUGUGCACAAAACACUCACUGCAGGGUGCUGUAAAUAAAGGAAGGAUUAAAUGUUUCCAGCUGUUCAUAAAUAUUAGGUAUAAUACAGCUUGUGUAUGCAUUCGGGGGUCUUAAUGUUGCUGUAAUUGGGAGACACCGUCGGCGAUUGGUGAGAGACAGCGUAAGUGUGCUUUUUGGGAGAAACACAAGAGAGAUCCAGCCGAGUGAAGGAUUCAGGGAUCUAAAGACAGAACUAGUGACGCAGCGGGAGAAUGAAAAACACAAUGAUGGAUUGUGGAUGAUCGGACAUGAGAGUGGGCAGGAGUUGGAACAAGGAGAAAGAACACGAAGCGGUGGGAAAAAAAAGAGGUUGAUGGAUGAAGGGUAGCUGCAGUAGGAGAGGGAGGGGAUUCUUUCUCAGCCUUUAUCUCAACCUCUCUUAUUCCUCUAAGAGGCAUUAACACCUGCUCCCCUGACUCUUUGUGACGUCCGUCGAGUUGGCCCCUCUGAGACGACUAGUGGUUAUAAGGCACCGUGAGUGUGUGUGUGUGUGUGUGUGUAUCUGCGUGCAUCACUUUAUUUAUGUACGUGUGCUGUGAUUUGUGAGGAGCCUCCAGUUCAACCAGAGUCAAUAUUUAAAACAUAUUGGUAUUAUAUAGAUAGGUCUUUGAUGUUUAGAAACUUAAUGGUGUAAUCAGGACAUAAAAUAACUGAGGUUUAGAUUCGUGAUGUUUGCUCUUCUGUUAAUGUGUUAAUCCAAUUAAAGAGGCCUUGUAUGGUGUGUAAAUGCUGCACAACUGUGCACAUGUGCCUCAUUCAGAUACAAUGAUAAAAACCUCUUACUGUAAAUGAAUUUCAAAUGAGCCCAAAACCCCAAAGGCAGGGAGACGCUGUGUUCAUCACUGUGAGACUUUUCAUUACAUUCAAUAAUAUGAAGUAUCAACCACGGAGACUAAAAUGUAAAGCGGUUACGUCCCUCUCGAGAUGCAGCUAGAGGAAAGGUUACAAGGUCGUACAAAAAAACUAAAAGUUUCACUUUGGAAGCGAGAAUGUGAUCAUCCAAUUUCAAGGCAUCAGGUUUUUACAUUGAAAGACAUCUUCCGCGUUGUCUUUUUAUCCUGAAGGUAUUGCAAGUGUUUGGAAAACCUGUUGAGUGUCUGAGAUUGUGACCUUUAUUUGACUUAUUUUCGGAUUGCAUCAUUUUGCCAAAUACAUUUGUGAUGUAGUGAUCAUUCAAAUCACAUCACUAAUCAACUGUUGGUGUCUUCUCGAAUAUUCCUGUAUGACCUUUGUCGACAUACGAUGGCACAAUUGUUUUCAUUUAUUUAUUAUUUCUUGACUUUUGAAGUUGAAAUUUUUCAAAAACUUUUCUUUGGCAGUAUGUUAUGAUUUUUUUCAUCACACCAUAGUAUGACUUUUUUAUUUAUUGUCAAAAUGCACAAUGACUUGUUUAUUACUCUUUUCAACAUACUAUAGUAUGACUUAUUUUGAGAUACCACGCUAUGGCUUUUUAAACAUACUAUAGUUCCACUUUUUAAUACCUUCUUCAUAACACUGUGAUAUAGUGUCAUUCUUUUUUUUCCACCGAUGUCUAUUAUGACUCUUGUUGAAAUACAAUAAGAUAACAUGGUAUAAUAUAAUAAUAUAUAAUAAAAAUCCAGUUCAUACACCAGGAA